AUUCUAACAAUCGAACGAUCGAAAUCGACUAUCAACUUGCUAUCAUCUGAUUCGCUUUGUUGUACAAUUUCGACUUGUUUAUCAAAUCAAGCGAACGUUUCGUGUAUGUCGGUUCGUCAAUUGGAUGAGCUUUUAUGUGGCCACGUUGGAAGUGAUUAAUAUACCUAAUUUAAUUAAUAAGAACCAAAAAGAUACCGGUGAGUCGUAAUGACGAUAAAAGAGAUCAAGAAGACAGUACAUUUAGCUUGGUCGCCUAAAUCUCAAGAUCCGAUUUAUUUAGUAGCCGGUACCGCUGCUCAGCAACUAGAUGCUUCGUUCAGCACUUCCGCAGCUGUAGAACUGUACAAAGUUAACCUCGGUGACCAUUCCAAGGAACCAGAAUUAAAAUAUGCUUUUAAAUCAGACUACAGGUUUCAUAAAUUGAUCUGGAACGAUUGCGGCGGUCUGAAUGAAUCUGAUAAAGGAGUUAUUGUCGGUGGCAGCGAUUCGGGCAAAUUGCUUAUUUACAGUGCUACCGAACUUUUGAAAGAUGAAAAAAUACCCGGUAGAGAAGAUGGGUUGAUUGCUUCGCGUGAUAAACACUCGGGUCCGGUCCGAGCUCUUGAUUUUAAUACCUUCCAAAGUAAUUUAUUAGCUACCGGAGCUUCGUCUUCUGAGAUAUUCAUAUGGGAUUUAAAUGACAAGAAGUUGGAGCCUAUGACUCCGGGUGCACCGGCGCAGCCUUUAGAAGAUGUUACCUCUUUGUCUUGGAAUAAACAAGUUGAACAUAUUCUUGCUACCUCGUUUGCUACCCGGUGUCUGGUUUGGGAUCUUCGAAAAAAUCAAACCAUCAUUAAAUUAUCGGAUUCUUCGUCGAAAAUACGAUGGAAAGAUGUGAAAUGGAACCCUGCCAAUGCCACUCAACUUUGCUUAGCUUCGGAAGAAGACCAUUAUCCGGUUAUUCAAAUGUGGGAUUUGAGAUUAGCUACAUCUCCGAUUAAAACUUUCGAAGGACAUCAAAAAGGAGUCUUAUCGUUAGCGUGGUGCGCUGAUGAUCCAGAUCUAUUAGUCAGUUGUGGUAAAGAUGAUAAAUUAUUAGUAUGGAAUCCGAAUACAGCUUCUACGACAGGAGAAAUAGUGCACGAAAUAUCAGCAGGCACUGAAUGGAAUUUCGAAGUGAACUGGUGUCCAAGGAAUCCAUUCCUGAUAGCUAGUUCUAGUUCUAAUGGUAUAGCUUCGAUAUCUUCAUUGGUAGGCGAUGAUUCCAUCGCUCAAGGUAAUAAUAAGAUCGCCGAUUCUUUUCCCGGAAUGAAUCAGUAUCAACAACCUUCUCAACCGGUGAAUUUAGGUAAACCUCCUAAAUGGAUGAGAAAACCAGUCGGUGUAUCUUUCGCCUUUGGUGGCAAAUUAGUAAGCUUUGGAAAUGACGAUAAAGUCGUGGAAGUUCGACAAGUUGUUACCGAAUCAGAUUUAGAUAUGAAGUUCAAGGAACUGGAGAAGGUCUUGGAGCAGGGUAACGCUUACGGAUACGGAUACUGUUUGAAGAAAGCCGAAGCAUCUGACGAAAUGGACGUAAAAGAUGCGUGGAAUUUUAUCGCUAUGCAAUUUCACGGCCCCGAGUUCAAAAACCUAAUGUAUAAUGUACUGGGAACUUCGGAUGCUGUGUUGCAAGAGAAAUUGAGUAAUUUGAAAAUCACCGAUGUAACGAAACAAGAAGAGUUGUCGAGUGAUUCGUUUUCAAAUGUUUCUCGCAUCGGACCUGCUGAUAAUGAAGACAUUUUCGCUAAUUUAUCCGCUCAGCAAAAUUCCACCGUUCAAUCAUCUCCCACCAAAUCACCGCUGAAAAUUAUUCAAACGCCAGACGUCGAAGGAGCGAUUUGUGAUGCAUUAUUGUUGGGUAAUAUCGAACUAGCUGUUGAAUUAUGCAUAAAAGAGAACAGAAUGGCUGAUGCAAUCGUAUUGGCUGUGUCUAGAGGUCCAGAACUUUUAGCUCAAGCUCAAGCCAAAUAUUUUGAAAAAAGUAACAAUCAUUUGACUACGUUGAUAUCGGCCGUCGUUACCGAAGACUGGUUCCAUGUUGUUGAAACUUGCGAUCUUACAAAUUGGAGACAAGUUUUGAUAGCUUUGCUUACUUAUACGAGAGAUGAUGAAUUUAGAGCUUUAUGUGAAUGUCUGGGUCAAAGAUUAUCUGCUGCUGGAGAUGAAGGUCUUAAAAAAGAUGCUCUAUUGUGUUACAUAAUCGCUGGAAAUGUCAAUCGGUUAGUUGAAUACUGGAAACCGUCGAGAUCUGGAUCGCCUGCAGAAGUACAAGAAUUGGCUGAAUUAGGGCUGUUGAUGAAAGAAGCGGCGAAAGCUCGUGGUAUCAAUGUAACCGUUGAUGGAGCUUUGGCUAAUGUUUUACUGCAAUACGCCGAACUGCUGGUUUCGCAAGGAUACCUGAAGGAGGCUUAUUCUUAUUUGGGAGAAUCUAACGAGGAGAGCAUUUUAUUGCUCAAAGACAGGCUGAUGUAUGCUUUAGGAUUGAGAACUACCGGAUCGCAAGUACCUCAGCAUAAAUCGAGCGGAUAUUUCCAACCUCAACAACAGCAUCAAGUGCCUUACGGAGACCACUACGGUAACUUCGUGAACCCGCCGAAAUCCGUUGUGAAACCGUUCAAUCAAGUCAACCAAGUUCCUCCGAUGCCACCUACGGCGAAUAAACCACCUGUAUUCACUCCGUCCCAGCCAACGAACGUGACUCGACCUCCACUAGCUCCCGUCAAUGCUUACAAUUCCACCCCACCUCAAAUCCCAUUCAGUUACGGCGCUCCUGCUGCUCCUGCUGCAGCCUCAGCACCCAGUACGUUUACUUUCGGCGCUACUCCUCCAUCACCUAGUACAUUUCCUCCGCAACCUUCUCCGUUUGCAUCUUCCGCUCUUCCUCCAACAGCUCCGCCAACGCUUCCCGUAUCAGUAUUCAACCCGACGCCAGCUGCACCGCCUUCGUUAUCUAAUUCGCAACCGAUCUUCUUCAAUCCGUCGGCCGGAUUGCAAUUCAGUAACGCGAAUGCAGCCGCACCACCUCCUCCUUUACCAGGUGCAGUGAGAGCUACACCGACACCGACGCCUCCUCCGCCUCCGCCUACGUCACAAGUACCGUACACGAAUCUGCGCAAGACACCGGAUCAUUUGAGUCAAAAUAGACCGAAACACGUACCAGAUCCUUCGGUGAUGCCGAGUGCGCCGCAUCGGAAUAGUUUUUCGAGUAAUUUCCCACCGUUACCCGGUGCUCCUCCUAAUCAACCGCCGAUCAAUUCCGUUCCACCGUUCGCUGCUCAAAACGAGACGUCGUUUUAUCACCCUCAACCUCAGCAGAAUUCCUUUUAUCCGAUGCAGCCGCAGACGAAUUCUAAUUCUUUUGUUCCAAAUUCGCAUACUCCAGCUCCGAUGACUCCAUUACCGUCUCAACAACCGGAGAUUCCGAAAAUACCACUUAUGUCUCCGCCAGCGCCGGGCUGGAAUGAUCCUCCUUCUUUGACUUUCGAGAAACCUGUUCCAAAUCAAGUUGGUUACGUCACACCAAUUCCGAUAACGCAUCCAUUGUAUGGAUCUAGUAUUCCGGAAGAAAAUAUCGCUAAUAAUUUCCCACCUACGUCUAAUGCACCAGUUAAAUUACCCGGUGGAUACGCGACGCCGAACUCUUAUCAUAAUAAUAUGGUUGCUCCUCAACCAGGAAUACCUCCUAUGCAAAAUAUGGAGAAUAUACCAAAGCCUAAACCUGCUUUACCGGAGCAUCAUAUCCAUUUACAAACCGUAUUCGACGAAUUACGAAACCAAUGUUAUAAUAAAACCGUUAAUCCUCAAAUGAAACGUAAACUAGACGACGUAGCUCGAAAAUUGGAAAUGCUUUACGAUGCGAUUCGAGAGUCGAGGCUUUCGGAAGGGACAUUGCAAAGCUUACAUGGAAUCGUUGGCGCCAUUCAACGGGGUAAUUAUCAAGAAUGUCUUUCUUUGCAUACUAAGUUAGUAUCGGGGCCAGAUUUCUCGACUAUUGCGAGCUUCAUGCCUGGAAUCAAGAUGUUAGUGCAAUCGGCGAUGCAGUUGGAGGUGUAUUUAUAAUCAUUAUCGAACCACUGUAUAGUUAUUAAUUUGUUAUAGAUUUUACUAUUUGUUUUUAAUAUUUAUUUGUUACGGGUUUAAUUUUGAUAAAAACAAUAAUUUCUUAUAAAUUGAUUUAUUGUAAAUUUAAUUUAUGUAUGUAUAUUUCGCAAUAAUAUUUCGUUAGAAAAUA